CGGCGCUGAGCGGGAGGAUGGCGGCGGCGAGCGGCUGCCGGAGGAGCUCCAGAGAAGAAAAGCAUAUUGCAAAAGUGGUAUUAUAGCUGCCCACUUAAAAUAAGAUGUUUUUAUUGGCGGUGGUAGUUGGCUGAAUGAAGAUUGAGGCAGUGCUGUACUUGGGCUGGAGCAGCUACACCAAAGGAUCAACUGAAAACAAACACAGUCCAGUCAGGACUUGCAUGGCUUUCCAAAUGUCUGCUACAAUGAAGAGGUACAGCUCUGCUGCAGGAAUAGAAAUGGAGGAACAGAAUGCUGGACCUGGAAUUGAAGAUUUCUAAAGGAUUAUGGGAUCACACAUUGAAGAGCCAGCAGGCGGAAUGCCUGAGUGACUGAAGAAAAUGGGUGCUAAUGCAUCUAACUACCCUCACUCGUGUUCCCCAAGGGUAGGGGGAAAUUCACAGGCACAACAGACAUUCAUAGGGACAUCAUCCUACUCUCAUCAAGGUUUUGGCUGUGAAUCAAAGCUGUAUAGCCUUGACCAUGGCCACGAGAAACCUCAAGACAAGAAAAAGAAAACCUCUGGCCUUGCCACCCUCAAAAAGAAAUUCAUUAAGCGUCGGAAAUCGAGCCGAUCUGCUGACCACGCCAAGCAGAUGCGUGAGCUCCUCUCAGGCUGGGAUGUCAGAGAUGUUAAUGCGUUAGUAGAAGAAUACGAAGGAACAUCAGCCUUAAAGGAACUUUAUCUACAAGCUAAUUUAGCGAGACCAGAAGCCAGGACGCUACAAAAAGACAUGGCUGAACUUUAUCAAUACAAAUAUUGCACCGAUGUAGACUUAAUAUUUCAAGAAACUUGUUUUCCUGUGCAUCGUGCGAUAUUGGCGGCAAGAUGUCCAUUUUUUAAGACGCUGCUUUCUUCCUCACCAGAGUAUGGGGCAGAAAUAAUAAUGGAUAUUAACACAGCUGGCAUAGAUAUGCCUAUGUUUUCUGCUUUGUUACACUACCUUUAUACGGGCGAGUUUGGAAUGGAGGAUUCGAGAUUCCAAAAUGUUGAUAUUCUUGUGCAGCUUAGUGAAGAAUUUGGAACACCAAAUUCCUUAGAUGUUGACAUGCGCGCACUGUUUGAUUAUAUGUGCUACUACGAUGUGGUUCUUAGCUUUUCAUCCAACUCUGACUUGGUUGAAACUUUUGGUGGAAGUCAGAACUGUCUAGAUGAAGAGCUCAGAGCUCACAAAGCUAUUAUUUCAUCACGAUCUCCCUUUUUCCGUCACUUGCUACAGAGAAGGAUACGAACUGGUGAAGAAAUCACAGACCGAACUCUACGGACUCCAACUAGAAUUAUAUUGGAUGAAUCUAUCAUACCAAAAAAAUAUGCUAAGGUCAUUUUGAAUUGUAUGUAUACAGAUGUGGUAGACCUCUCCGUUUUGCACUCCAGUCCUUCGGUGGGCAGUUUAAGUGAAGUUCAGGCUCUUGUAGCAGGAAAACUAAACAUGACUAGGGCUGAAGAAGCCAUGGAGCUUUAUCACAUAGCACUGUUCUUGGAAUUUAACAUGCUUGCACAAGGCUGUGAAGAUAUUAUUGCUGAGAGCAUCUCCCUGGACACCUUGAUUGCCAUUCUGAAGUGGAGCUCUCAGCCCUACGGUUCCAAGUGGGUGCAUCGCCAGGCACUGCAUUUCCUCUGUGAGGAGUUUACCCAGGUCAUGACUUCCGAGGUCUUCUACGAACUCAGCAAGGACCACCUGCUCACAGCUAUUCAGUCUGACUAUUUACAGGCAAGUGAACAAGAUAUUCUUAAAUAUCUGAUUAAAUGGGGAGAACACCAGUUGAUGAAGAGGAUAGCAGAUCGAGAGCCUAAUUUACUCAGUGGUACUGCUCACAGUGUGAAUAAAAGAGGUGUGAAGAGGAGAGAUCUUGACAUUGAAGAGCUGAGGGAGAUCCUGUCUCCACUUUUACCUUUUGUCCGCAUUGAGCACAUCUUACCCAUGAAUAGUGAAGUACUGAGUGAUGCAAUGAAGAGAGGCCUGAUUAGUACUCCUCCUUCAGACAUGCUACCAACUUCAGAAGGUGGAAAGUCUAAUGCCUGGCUGCGGCAAAAAAAUGCUGGAAUAUAUGUGCGGCCAAGACUGUUCUCACCAUAUGUGGAGGAGGCUAAGAUCUUGAUGAAAUUCCACCGGAAACAAAGCAACGUUCUGAGGGAAACCUGCCUGGUUUCCAGCCAGUUUGCCGGCCCAGCUCCUCGGCAGCCCUCCUGGCAGGCGGAUGGCAAGUCGGUGCUGGAUGAGAUGAUGGUGGAGCAGACCGACCUGGUGCGCCUGCGGAUGGUGCGGAUGUCCAACGUGCCCGACACGCUGUACAUGGUGAACAACGCGGUGCCGCAGUGCUGCCACGUGAUCACCCACCAGCAAGUCAGCACUAACCAGAGCAGUCCUCCCUCAGUUAUAGCCAACGAGAUCCCAGUUCCCAAUCUCCUGGUUGUGAAAGAGAUGAUCAGGAGGCUGCAGGAGCUGCGCCACACCGAGCAGGUGCAGCGAGCCUACGCUCUGAACUGCGGGGAAGGCGCCACCGUCAGUUACGAGAUCCAGAUCCGUGUGCUGCGGGAAUUUGGGCUUUCUGAUGCUGCUGCUGAGCUCCUGCAGAAUCCUCACAAAUUCUUUCCUGAUGAGCGAUUUGGGGAUGAAAGCCCACUGCUGACAGUGAGACAGCCUGGACGAUGUCGUAUCAACAGCACUCCCACUGCAGAAACCAUGUUUACAGAACUGGACUCUUUUGUGGCCUUCCAUCCACCAUUGCCCCCUCCUCCACCUCCAUACCACCCACCAGCAACUCCUAUUCACAACCAGUUCAAAGUGGGCUGGAAACAAAGGGUGCCAAGUCAACAUCCCUCGCGUUCCUUUUCUUACCCGUGUAACCACUCGCUGUUCCACUCGCGGACCGCCCCCAAAGCCGCCCCUCCUGUUUACCUGCCCGGCGCAAAGGCAGCGCCUCCCGACUGCACCAACACCGCGGCUCUGGGGCGCCAAACGGUGGCGGCUGCAGCAGCAGUGAUGGCAGCUGAGAAACAAGUAUGUACUCAGCCCCUGCUAAAUGAUCUGAUGCCAGACAUCGCAAUGGGUGUGUCAGCAAUGUCUUUGAAAGACAGAAGAUUACCAGAGCUCACGGUGGACACGGAGCUGAGCCAGGCAGUUACAGAGGUAGGGCCUGGCCCACCCCAGCACAUUUCAUGCAUUCAGAACAGACACAUGCCUACUUCUCGGAAAAAACAUGCAAUAGAGCAAAAAAUAGAUGCUCGAGAAAAUCCGCAGGAAUAUCCUGACUUCUAUGACUUCUCUAAUGCUGCAUGCAGACCCUCUACUCCAGCACCCAACAGGCACAGUCCUUCACCUUCACCAGGCAUUUAUUUUGGCCCAGAUUUGUACAGCCACAAUAAGGCAUCACCAAGUGGCUUAAAGUCAGCCUAUCUGCCUUCCCAGAUAUCUCCUAAAAAGCAAGAGGAUUCUAGGAGGGAGUACCUGCUCUCACAAGAUGGGCAUCAACACAGGCAAAAGAAUGAGCCAAUACACCUUGAUGUCUUAGAACAGCCUCCCCAGAGACUGGAUUUGGCACUGGCUACCCAGGAGAAUGCUGGGAAUGGCCCUGUUCACGUCAGGGGAAGAACAAAAAUGGAAACGGAUUUAACCUAUGGGCUAACCUCCAACAGACCUUCACUCUCUGCAUACAACUCUGACGUGCCAGAAGAGAGACCCAGUAGGAGACUGGCAGAUGAUGAGCCAUUGGAACAUGGAGCACAGAGAAAUGCAGAUUUGGAAAGGGAAGAUGGAGUAAGCAGAGGAAGGAGGUCUCCAAACAAACCAGACUUCCUGUACAAAAAAUCUGCCCUAUGAAAGUAACCUCCACUAUUUCUCUGUGCCUAAGAGUUGUAAACAUCCCAUUCCUUGCAACUUUUGGCCUGACUUCUGUCAGAGAAAUUCUUUCAUGCCAGCAGAAAAAUUCAGCUUUGCUCACUUGUUUUGUACAUACAUUGCUUUAUUAGAGACAGCAUGUUAUCAGUUUGGUUUUAAUGCUGCUUCUGGGUUUAUUUUGUUGCAGUUUUUUUUGGAGCAGAUUUAAUUAAGCCUUUUAAAAAAACAGAAACUGGUACCUUUUUUUCUACAACCUGGUAGCCUUUUGCACCUGUACAUCUAUUUUAGUGUAUUAGUUUUGUACUAAUAUGUUAAACUUUAAUGUCACAUUUAAAGGACUGUAUUUUCAUACUUUUGCAUUUACCCUUUCACAUGCUGAUUCUCUAUGUGCAUUGGGUUGCACAUUAUGAAAUGUAUUUUCUUAUGAGAUAAUAACAGCGCAUUUAUUUUUUAAUUAUAGGAAUUCCAAAGAACAGCACAUCAAAAAACCUACAUUUUUAGUUGGAUUUUUUUUUUGUUUGUUUAAAUUGAAAUCUUCCUGAUUUUUACGACUAUGGCAAGAAUCCAGUCUAAUAUUUUGUUUAAAAAGUUCUGGCAGCUGGUCUUACCUUUAGAUACAUAGCAAACCCACUUCAAGAAUUAUAUUUGGGGUUUUAAAAAUCCAGAGGGAUAUUUAGGAAUCCAAAUUCCUGUGAAAUUCACUGGAAUAUGACAGUACAGGUCUGUUUACUUUUGUUUCGACUGUGACCGUGGAGGACUCCAUGAUCACCUGGAAGCAGGAAGCUUACUAGACAGACUAGAAUUGCUGAUUUGCCCAUUUAGAAAUAAAUCUAGAAAUACUGUAAAAAUUACAGUAAUUACUUGUUCUUCCAGCUGCUCAUCCGUGGGUAGGCAAAGACCAGAUGAGCGGAUUCCUGCUAGCUUGUGGAGUGUCAGGAAGACGAGGCACGGAACCUUCGCUGUUGCCUGAACACGUGGGAGGGUUUCCUUCCCCAGUGGUGCUGGGCUGACAGCCCAUGGCCUUGCUUUCUCCUGCCUGUGCUUACAAAAGGGCUUCACUCUCGGUGACAGUGUUCCUUACCUGGCCUCACGUGGUGCUGGCCCCACAGGUGCAGCUGUUCUGUGAGCAGAAUCCAAGUGAAGAGUCGCUGCUUCAGCAUCGCCACACUUUGGCACUCUUAAAUUUCACCUCCAUUGCCUGAUUUGCUUUUUGAAAGCACAGAAAUGAGAUUGCCCUGUUAACAGGAUGUGAGGAGGGAAGGAUGCUGGUCCGGGCUGGCUCCCACCACUGGGGCGGAGUUCAGCAGAGCGCCAGGGGAAGGGUUACAAUUACGAAGUACAUCCUUAAUACUCAUGGUGCAGUUCUAACAACAGAUUCAUUGCAUUCAUUGAUGCCACUGCAGAGUAGUGAUUGCUGGUAAGGUCCUGUUUGGUGGGGCGUUAAAUGCAGUUUCUGUAAUGAGUUUCCCUGUAGCAGAAAACUGUAGUUCCAAGUGUGACCUAAGGACUGCUUUAAGGUUAGGUUGAUUUGUGUCCUGCAGCUCAAAGUGCUUAAUACUGUUUAACAGAAAUCUUGCUGCGACUUUACUUUUGGUUUUAGUUUAUGGCAAAUUCUUACCUAAUGUGUUUCAUUAAAGUAUGGAGGGCCUAGUAGCAACACAGUGUUACUGAAAUAUAUUGAACACUGCAUUUGCAAACUACCAGAUAGCUUCUAGAUGAAUUAAGUUAUGGGUCUUUGAACCCAUCAACUCUGUGUCUACUGCAGACACAUCUAUAGACCUGCUUCCGUGGUGGUGUCGCAGGUGCUCCUUUUGAGAUGCAGCCAUGGACAGCAUGGUGUAGGGCUGGAGCAGAAACUUGCCUAAACUCUGCAGGUGAUGUGGGUGAGGGGAGAUUUUUUUUUCCUCUGUCAGCUUUUUUUAAUCUUGAAUUUUUGCCCACAGUCAAGGCACUGGGUGGUCCUGGCUUCAUCACCCAUCUGUGGGAUUUCCAUGGACUGUGGUGCAGAACACUGUUAAAUGCAAGAAGAUGUCAGUGGGGGGUGGUGCUGCUGCAGGUGAAGGGGCUGAGGCUCGUUGGGUUUCUCCUGAAGAGUUGAGCACAGCGCUGUCUGGCUGUGUAGCUCUAACCGCACACGGAGGUCUCAUCCUCACCAGCAUGAGACCAGCUCAGUAGAACCAGUACCUUUCAGCACACACAAGAACCCUGAAACUCUCUGGACUUGCAUCAUGUAUGUGUUGGCAGCUUAACUACUAAAAAAUUACAGCUGCCCUCAGAAAACUUAUUAUUCUCAAUGGUUUUGCCUAAAACUGAGAGAUGUACUUCAGGAAAACUAUUUUGAUUAUCAUAGUUUGAUGUGGCACUGUGUACUUGGGCAGAGGUGGGGCUGAGAUAUACAGAUAGAACUUGAAAGCUUGACAUUUAGGUGGGGUGUGGCUGAUGAAGAUGAGAAGUUCUGAGGUUCUGGUUUGAAGGAAAUCAUGAAAUUCUUUGGCUUUGGAAUAAGCUGGUGAGAAAUGCCUCUAGGGAGGACAUGUCUGCGUUUUAGAAUACAAAAUUGUUUCUGAAGUCUCAGGAGCUGUGCAGUAUUAAAAAAAGGAUGAAUAAAGUGUUUAAAAGUAGAUGCAGAAUGAAAGACAAGUCCUUAAGAGGCCACAAAGACAAUCAGGCCAUAUAGACAAUCUGUGUUUUCACUUGCAUAUUUUGAACUGGGGUGAAGAUGGCAGCUAACAGCAGCUGGUUUGAAGUGGAAAAGAAGGAUUUCUUGUAUUACUGGAACUUUAUUUUUGUACUCCAGAGCAGGAUUUCCUACUUGGGAUGUGCAGAGGGGUGAGACCGUUUUUCAUGGCAGCAUUAUUCAGAAGCCAGUGUUCAUCCUACAUCUCACUUGCACACCACACGUACCUGUGCUACCUGCUACUCCUUGUUCUCUGUCUACUGAAACUUUGGUGCAGAAGCUCCUUGUUUACAUGAAGCACUUUCUGAUUAGGCUGGAAAUUGACACCUUUUCCUUCUAUAAAUUAGAUGGAAAUGACAGAUUAUUGACUAUUUUGCUUGAGGAUAGAGGUAUAAACAUUGUUUUUUUGAAUGAGGGAGACUCAUGCUCCUUGUUCUGUUAAAGAGAGCUCAGACUUGCAUUUAGUGAGCAACAUGCAAAAAGGUCUUAUUCCCCUUUCCCCAAACCCAACUCCUCUUUUCCUUAGUAUGUGGGUGAAUAACUUAAUUCCUAAAACACAUUCUUCCUUUGAAAUGUUUCGUUGUUCCACAGAAUUACUGUAGUUGUGUAUUAGUAACUGCUGUGUUGAUUGGCAGUUUCAUGUUGUAUUUUCCUGUUCUUAAGGAUUUUCACUUACGAAAAUUAAGGCUGUGGCCACCUGUACUUGUAAGCCUUGGGUUUUGGUCCCAUAAUGUCCCAGAUGUACGUCUUUAGUGGUUCCUUUGGUUUGGGUUUGGGAAAGGGGUGGGGGGCAAGGGGGGGGUUGGGUGUUUUGUAUGGGUUUUUUGUUUGGUUGUGUUUCUGGGUUUUGGUUUUUUGUUUUUUUUUCUUUUUUUUUUUUUUGAAAGAACACUAAUGCUGUUUGAGGCACUGUUCUAAUAAUUCUAUGCUUCUAUGGUAGAGGUGGUGCUGAGCCCUGCUGGAUGCAGGGAACAGCUUAGAGGGAAACGUGUAAAACCGCAUUUGGGGUUUCUGUAAUUACCUGUACUGCCAGAAGGCAGCCCUGCCCUUGGCAGUGUUAAGAAUUUGUUUCUUGUCCUUGUGUUGUUACUGGUAUAAAGUCAAGUGCCUUCAAUGCUAAAGGCUCAGAAAACUUUCUUAAACUGACUUCAUGUCCUAUGCAAGUGUUUUUUCUACAACCUGCAUAACCAGUACUUUGUAAAACUUGUUUACGCUUCAAUUGUACAUAGUGUUUUUUUAAAAAAAAUAGUAUUUUUAUUUAGGUACCUCCAAACUUGAAUUCUAGUCUUGUGUGAUGCAUUGUAAAACAAUACAUUUCUCUUUUGAGUACCAUUACAGUUGUAAAAAGGUUUUCACUGGUUCUAUUUUUCUACUGUUGCUGAGAAGCAUGUAACACUGACUUUAUCCUACGUAUAGUUGGCAUUUCAAAUAAAUGGCUUGUAUAGAA